GGCCCAGUAACAGAGAUACCCCAGAGAGAUGUCCCCGUCCUCUGUAUUCCCAGGAUUGUACAGAGGAGAAUCACAGGAUCCCACAGGAGGAUCAGGUACAAAGUCUGCCUAAUAUUAAAACAGAAGAUAUAAAGGGAGAGGAAGAGACAUAUAUGACUGAUAUAAAGACAGAAGAUAUAGAGGGAGAAGAAGAGACGUAUGUGACUGAUAUAAAGGCAGAAGAUACAGAGGGAGAAGAAGAGACGUAUGUGACUGAUAUAAAGGCAGAAGAUAUAGAGGGAGAAGACGAGAUGUAUGUGAUUGAUAUGAAGGCAGAAGAUAUAGAGGGAGAAGAAGAGACGUAUGUGACUGAUAUAAAAGCAGAAGAUAUAGAGGGAGAAGAAGAGACGUAUGUGACUGAUAUAAAGCUAGAAGAUAUAGAGGGAGAAGAAGAGACGUAUGUUAGGGGUGAUCAGCAGUGUAAGGAGGAGGAGAUCCCUACAGAUAUCAGCACAGCAGAUGGACACACAAGCAGGAAUAUCUCAGAAGGACAUCUAAUGUUAUCCCCGGAUUGUGACAUAAAAGAAAAUGACAGUAGACAAGAAUCUCCAGGAGAUAACCCCAUUACCCCAAUUAUACAUCCAGCUUUAUCAGCUGGUCCCCCUGAUCCUGCAAAAUGUUCUUCUGAUCACUCUGAUAUUGGUGUAUCUGGUACAGUUCUGACAAUAGAUAUAGAGUUUCCCUGUUCUAUAGGUGCCAGAUUUUUUACACAGAACACAAAGCCUAUUAACCCACAGACAGGUAAGGCAAGUGAGAGGCCAUUUCUAUGUUCUGAGUGUGGGAAAUGUUUUGUAUACAAAUCAGAUCUUGUUGCACAUCAGAGAAGUCACACAGGUGAGAAGCCAUUUCCAUGUUCUGAGUGUGGGAAAUGUUUUGCACACAAAUCAGAUCUUAUUAAACAUCAGAGAUAUCACACAGGUGAGAAGCCAUUUUCAUGUUCUGAGUGUGGGAAAUGUUUUGCACACAAAUCAGAUCUUGUUAUACAUCAGCGAAGUCACACAGGUGAGGAGCCAUUUCCAUGUUCUGAGUGUGGGAAAUGUUUUGCACGCAAAUCAGAUCUUGUUAUACAUCAGCGAAGUCACACAGGUGAGAAGCCAUUUUCAUGUUCUGAGUGUGGGAAAUGUUUUGCACACAAAUCACAUCUUGUUAGACAUAACAGAAGUCACACAGGUGAGAAGCCAUUUUCUUGCUCUGAGUGUGGGAAAUGUUUUAUCCAGAAAUCACAUCUUGUUAUACAUCAAAGAAGUCACACAGGUGAGAAUCCAUUUCCAUGUUCUGAGUGUGGGAAAUGUUUUGCACAGAAAUCAGAUCUUAUUAAACAUAAGAGAUGUCACACAGGUGAGAAGCCAUUUUCUUGCUAUGAGUGUGGGAAAUGUUUUACUUGGAAAUCACAACUUGUUACACAUCAGCAACAAAGUAAAAGACAGGUUCCGGUUCAGCAACCAGUAGAUCCACUGUGGGGUGUGUUCGCACAAACCUUGUCUAGUGUAGCUGACAGAUUAGCACCUGCAGUUCCACCCCCGGGAAUAGGUUACACUAUUAACCCAUACAUGCAGCUCCCUUCUUGUGGUUUAUCUCCAGCAGCUGCAACAAGUCAGAAGGCUGUUAAAACCAGGGUAGAUACAUCUAUGUUACAGACUACACAAGAUGAUACAACAGAUGAGGAUACAGUGUAUUCAAAUACUCCAUAUAAUGAACAGUCGGAGGGUUUCAGCUCAGAGGAUAUAGCUGAGCUUAUUGAUGCCAUGAAGGCUGUUCUGUCUCUGGAAGAAUCAGCUAAGGCAAUAUCAAAAUCUAAAGCACCUGUGUUUAAACGUCCAAAAACAGUUAAGAUUGAGUUUCCAGGGUCAGAGGAAAUGGCGGAAAUUAUGGAAGAGCCUUGGGCUACACCCAAUAAGAAGUAUAGAAUUCUGAAAAGAUGGGAUUCUUACUAUCUUUUUCCGAUUGCGGACUGUUCAAAAAGAGAAGUUCCUCCUAAAGACGCUCCGUCGCCGAAAGCUCACCUUACCACCCAAGACAUCAUCUCUAUUGUCACUAAAACUAUUCAAACUGAGAUGAGGUCAACGCUCAUGGAAUUUAGAAAUGAACUGACCGACUUGGGCACACGUACUGAUUCCCUGGAACGUAAGAUGGAUGAGGUUUGCCAGUACCAAGCCGUGAUUGAGCAGGAGCUAACGGACCUCCGCGCAGAUGUCGAUCUUCAUGGAGACCACUUGGAGGACUUGGACAAUCAGAACCGCAGAAAUAAUAUUAGGGUCCGCAAAAUUCCAGCGAGUGUUACCAUGGAGACCCUCCCAGGUUUUCCAGAAGGCCUAUUCCUGAAUCUGAUCCCCGGUACUCCGAAAGACCUGCUCAUUCUAGACAGGGCGCAUAGGGCGCUCCGCCCUCGGCCUCCCCCAACUCAACCACCGCGGGAUGUCAUCCUCCGUUUCCACUAUUACAAGACAAAGGAAAAACUCAUGUCUGCGGCACGGGAACACCAAUCCGUUGAUUAUUCCGGCACUCAACUUCAAAUAUACCAAGACUUAGCGCCUUCUACACUUAGAAAGCGUUGGGACCUUGCUGCUGUUACCAGAGUCCUCCGCACUCAUUCUAUUAAGUAUAAAUGGGGGUUUCCAUUUCAGCUUCAAGUUACCAAAACUCAGUUAAAACCCCUGCUCAAGACUAUGACCUUCUCAAGACUCUUGAGGGCGGGGCUGUGGCCGGGGUGUCGGAGAGGAGCGGCCAGUAACCAGGAAGCAGUCUUUGCCAAUCAUGCCCUUCUUCCUGCCUGUGCGUUCCACCUUACUUCCGUAUUGUGCGUUCCAAAUGCAGAUAGUCUGUGUUCAUCGACUGCUGCAGCCUCCCAGUGUCCGUGGAGAUCAGGAACUCCAGCUGUGGGGAUCGGAGUCUUUACUACACAUCACACGUUCUGUAUUCUCUCUGAUUCACUGAGGAUGGACAAGGACAGGAGUCACAGGACUGAGAGGAUAAUAAAUAUUACCCUGGAGAUCAUCUACCUGCUGACUGGGGAGGAUUACACAAUAGUGAAGAAGACAUCCAAUGAGUUUGAGACACCGAGCAGCCAUCCCCAUGUAUCAGGAGGACUGAGUAAAAUCCAGAGCCCCAUCACGGUGCCUCCACCUCACUCACUGACACAUGAGAGACACAAUGACCAGAAGAUCCUGGAACUCACCAACAAGAUCAUUCAGUUGCUGACUGGAGAGGAGGUUGAGUAUAUAGAGGAACACAGGGGUCUGUACAAGGACGUGAUGAUGGAGAAUCACCGGCCCCUCACAUCACUGGCUAAGAGGAGACUGUCAUGUAUUGUACAGGGGAGAGCAGAUGGGCCCAGUAACAGAGAUACCCCAGAGAGAUGUCCCCGUCCUCUGUAUUCCCAGGAUUGUACAGAGGAGAAUCACAGGAUCCCACAGGAGGAUCAGGGUGAAGCCCAAUUAAAUAAUAUUAAAGUCAAAGGUACAGAGGGAGAAGAAGAGACGUAUGUGACUGUUAUAAAGGCAGAAGAUAUAGAGGGAGAAGAAGAGACGUAUGUGACUGAUAUAAAGGCAGAAGAUAUAGAGGGAGAAGAAGAGACGUAUGUGACUGAUAUGAAGGCAGAAGAUAUAGAGGAAGAAGAAGAGACGUAUGUGACUGAUAUGAAGGCAGAAGAUAUAGAGGGUGAAGAAGAGACGUAUGUGACUGAUAUGAAGGCAGAAGAUAUAGAGGGAGAAGAAGAGACGUAUGUGACUGAUAUAAAGGCAGAAGAUAUAGGGGGAGAAGAAGAGACGUAUGUGACUGAUAUAAAGGAAGAAGAUAUAGGGGGAGAAGAAGAGACGUAUGUGACUGAUAUGAAGGCAGAAGAUAUAGAGGAAGAAGAAGAGACGUAUGUGACUGAUAUGAAGGCAGAAGAUAUAGAGGGAGAAGAAGAGACGUAUGUGACUGAUAUGAAGGCAGAAGAUAUAGAGGGAGAAGAAGAGACGUAUGUGACUGAUAUAAAGGCAGAAGAUAUAGGGGGAGAAGAAGAGACGUAUGUGACUGAUAUGAAGGCAGAAGAUAUAGAGGAAGAAGAAGAGACGUAUGUGACUGAUAUAAAGACAGAAGAUAUAGAGGGAGAAGAAGAGACGUAUGUGACUGAUAUAAAGGCAGAAGAUCUAGAGGGAGAAGAAGAGACGUAUGUGACUGAUAUAAAGGCAGAAGAUAUAGAGAGAGAAGAAGAGACGUAUUUGACUGAUAUAAAGGCAGAAGAUAUAGAGGGAGAAGAAGAGACGUAUGUGACUGAUAUAAAGGAAGAAGAUAUAGGGGGAGAAGAAGAGACGUAUGUGACUGAUAUGAAGGCAGAAGAUAUAGAGGGAGAAGAAGAGACGUAUGUGACUGAUAUAAAGGCAGAAGAUCUAGAGGGAGAAGAAGAGACGUAUGUGUGGGGUGAUCAGAAUUGUAAGGAGGAGGAAAUCCCUACAGAUAUCGGCACAGCAGAUGGACACACAAGCAGGAAUAUCUCAGAAGGACAUCUAAUGUUAUCCCCGGAUUGUGACAUAAAAGAUAAUGACAGUAGACAGGAUUCUCCAGGAGCUAACCCCAUUACCCCAAUUAUACAUCCAGCUCUAUCAGCUGGUCCCUCUGAUCCUGGGAAAUGUUCUCCUGAUCACUCUGAUAUUGGUGCAUCUGUUACAGCUCUGAGAGUAGAUACAGUGUUUCCGUGUUCUAUAGAUGCCAAAUGUUUUACACAGAACACAAAGCUUAUUAACCCACACACAGGUAAAAUAGGUGAAAGGCCACUGAUAUGUUCUGAGUGUGGGAAAUGUUUUACAUACAAAUCGCAUCUUGUUAGACAUCAGAAAAGUCACACAGGUGAGAGGCCAUUUCCAUGUUCUGAGUGUGGGAAAUGUUUUGCACACACAUCAGAUCUUGUUAGACAUAACAGAAGUCACACAGGUGAGAAGCCAUUUUCUUGCUCUGAGUGUGGGAAAUGUUUUAUCCAGAAAUCACAUCUUGUUCUACAUCACAGAAGUCACACAGGUGAGAAGCCAUUUCUAUGUUCUGAGUGUGGGAAAUGUUUUGCGCACACAUCAGAUCUUGUUAUACAUCAGAGAAGUCACACAGGUGAGAAGCCAUUUUCUUGCUCUGAGUGUGGGAAAUGUUUUAUCCAGAAAUCACAUCUUGUUAUACAUCAAAGAAGUCACACAGAUAAGAAGGCAUUUCCAUGUUCUGAGUGUGGGAAAUGUUUUACACACAAAUCAGGUCUCGUUAGACAUAACAGACAUCACACAGGUGAGAAGCCAUAUCCAUGUUCUGAGUGUGGGAAAUGUUUUGCGCACGCAUCAGAUCUUGUUAUACAUAAGAGAAGUCACACAGGUGAGAGGCCGUUUUCUUGCUCUGAGUGUGGGAAAUGUUUUAUACAGAAAUCACAUCUUGUUAUACAUCAAAGAAGUCACACAGGUGAGAAGCCAUUUCCAUGUUAUGAGUGUGGGAAAUGUUUUAUAUACAAAUCACAUCUUGUUAUACAUCAGAAAAUUCAUACAGGUGAGAAACCAUUUCCAUGUUCUGAGUGUGGGAAAGGUUUUACAAACAAAUCGCAUCUUGUUAGACAUCAGAGAAGUCAUACAGGUGAGAAGCCAUUUCCAUGUUCUGAGUGUGGGAAAUGUUUUGCAUUGAAAUCAAAUCUUGUUACACAUCAGCAAAGUCACACAGGUGAGAAGCCAUUUCCAUGUUCUGAGUGUGGGAAAUGUUUUGCACAAAAAUCAGAUCUUGUUAUACAUAAGCGAAGUCACAGGUGAGAAGCCAUUUCCAUGUUUUGAGUGUGGGAAAUGUAUUGCACACAAAUCAGAUCUCAUUAAACAUGAGAGAAGUCACAGGUGAGAAGCCGUUUUCUUGCUCUGAGUGUGGAAAAUAUUUUACAUGGAAAUUAAAGCUUUUUACAUAUCGGAGAACUCACACAGGUGAGAGGCCAUUUUAUUGCUAUGAGUGCAAAAUGUUUUACACGGAAAUCACAACGUGUUACACAUCAGCGAAGUCACACAGGUGAGAAGCCAUUUACACUCUGAGAAAUAAAUCAGCACAAUAGACAA